UGGUGAGAGGAGAAGAAGCUUUGCCUUUGUUGGUUCAUAUGAUGAGACUGUAACCUGUGAAUCAGAUGAUGUUCGAGUCAAAUAGAUGUCCAGAUUCUGCCCUCCUAAUAGAGAAUGACAUGUUUAAGCAUUUUCUCAACCUCAAUCUGACGGCGCCAGAGACAGAGAGUCUGGACACAGAAGUCGCCACCCUGAUGGAGUUUCCAAGCCCCGGUGGGAGACGGAGGUCGCGGCCCAUACUGUCCGACACUACCCAGCCACUGACAACGCACCAGAAACUGCACAUGUCCCAAAGAGUGGUCGCAGCAACCAAGCGGGACCUGGACCAGCUCAGGCAGAAAUAUGAGGCAGUCCAGAACAAAUUCAAGGUUUCCUCAAAGGAGGCGGAGGUUCGCCUCGCGAGGAUUAGGAAGGAAAAGAGCGACUUUGAGCGUAAAAUCAAUCCUGUGAGGAUCAAUGGAAUAUUAAUGCUGGAACCUUCGACGGCGGUGCAGUCUCUCGUGGGCAAGUCCAUGCCCUCAUUGUUGUUGGAGUACAAUGGGAUCAACCAAAUGCUGAAGUGCAAAAUGACUAAGCUGCUGCAGAAGCAGCAGAAGAUGAAGGAGCUGGAGGAAGCUGUGUUUAAGGAAGUCUUUCAGGAUGUAUUUGAAGAAAAAAUUGAAAAGGACACAGACGAACUCCAGCUGAAAUAUUCAGAAGUGCAGCACAAUCUUGAUGCACUGAAGGAAAAAAUGAAGGCCGUUUCACAACAGUCUGUGCUACUAAGUGAGAGGUUCGACAAGCAGAAGCAGCUGUUGGUGAAAAUGGAGGAAGAAUUGAAAUUCGUUGAGGAGAAGCGAGUCAAAGCGGAGGCGCUCAACAAACAACUGCGUGGUCAAGUCUCAGAAACGUUGGCAUUCGAUGUCAAAUUGUACAUUGAAGUCAAAGUCAAGAAGAAACAAUUGCAGAAGAGCAUUCAGACCUGGGAGAGGAAGGUCAAGGUGGCAGAGAUGGUCAAGAAAAGCCAAGGCAAGAACAAGCCCAGGAAGAGCAACUUGCCUCGAGCCAGCAGUGCAAGGGCUCCUCACAGAGAUCUAAAACAUGCAGUGAAGCUCCCGCGCACUCUGCCCGGAAGACUUAUGUUAUAUUCAGGAUUUUAGAAAAUGUGACGGUGAUGAGCUAUGCAUACUCAAACGUGACGUUGUACAGAUGAAGGAGAACAUUGUAUGAAAUUGUUCACCCUUAAAUAACAUCUGAUAAAACAUUUCUACUUAUGAAUGUUGCAAAUAAAGGAACAAAAAAACAAGAUUUCAUUGAAAAUUCUAGUUGUUUUCCGAACAAAGGCCGAUCAUGUAUCAAUAAAUACAAAUGAAAAUGCUUGGAAAAAAACUCAGUCAGACUCAACAAACUAUCUCCUUUAUUAGAAACAAACUGCUCCAGAGUCUUCAAGAACUCUAAACGUUAUGCUGCUACAUGCUGUAUAUACAUGUAUGUACAUCGAAGUGCAAUGUCACCAGGUGUACACUGUCAAUGAACUCUGAUAUAACCGUGGAACGGACGACGAAGAGGAUGAAGGUCCUUAAAACAUCAGUCGAAAGGCACUUCCACAGAUGUCCACGAAUGACAAACACACGGUUGUUUAUUUAUACAAUAAAGUUGAUUUCUCUGUUUAAUUAUUAUCCUACAGCACUUUUGUUCUAAAUCCACCUCUUGUCCAGCCAGAAAAAAACAAAAAUAAAGAUUAUAAAAAUAACGAAAGUUAGUAUUCUGUAAUCAUUAUUUAA